AUGAAUGACAAGCUCGUGAAAACGUUCAAUGCGGUCGGAGCUAAGUUCUGUAAGACCCACCGCAGAAGAACACAAAAACUCUCCCAUCACACUCUUAAUCUCAUGGCUGUUGGACGGGUAAUGAAGUUGCAGUCUUCAGCAGAUUUGGCAGCAUACAGGCAACUGAAUAGACGGAUACCCAAAUACAUGCGGCGGGACUUACGCAACUUCAGUACAGCUCAUAUUGAAGAAGUGAUCGAGCGGAACCAAGGCUCCAAAGUCUUUGCCAGGGAUCUGUCUAUCAGAAAUAGCCAACUGUCGAAGCUAAAGAAUGAGUGUAGCAGCAUCGUUUCCGGGACACCUGAGAUUUUUAGUGAGAUUUAG